AAUAUCAGAUCAAAAAAGGCUUUGAUAUAAAAGUGUGGCACGUGUCGUGUGUUGUUUUUAUUAAAUUUAUUAAUUGUUAUGGAUUUGUGAGCGCUUUAAACUAACGGAAAUCAUGGUACAGGCACCUGAUAUAGAGAUGGAUCACUCCGAUCUUCCCCAAGCCUUAGUACUCCUCUCUGAAAUGAACGUAAGCGCCCAACAUGUAGCAACAUUAGUAGACAACAUGUUGCAACGUGUAAGAAAUGGUGAAUUAACGACAGAUCAAGGAUUAAGUUUUCUCGAAAUGAAAUACAACAUGCUUUUAAGUUACUUAAUUAAUUUAACGUACGUUGUUUUAAGAAAAUGUUCUGGAGAAAAAAUCGAAGACGAUCCGUGUAUCGAUCGAUUAAUUGAAAUACGAACGGUUUUAGAAAAAAUAAGACCAAUUGAUCACAAACUUAAAUAUCAAAUUGAUAAAUUAGUUAAGACUGCUGUUACCGGCACAACUGCCAACGAUCCUACCGCUUUUAAAGCGAACCCCGAAAAUUUAAUUGGCAAAAACGAUGAAAGUUCAGAAGAAGACGAUUCGGAAAAUGUCGAUGAAGAUAGAAGUAAAAACGUUUAUGUUCCCCCAAAAUUAGCGGCUGUUCAUUACACAGAAGAAAACUCGCACGAACGAAAUAAACGUCUUCAAGAACGCAAUAAAAAACAAUUAUUAUCUUCCUCGAUUAUGCAAGAUUUACGCGAAGAAUAUUUGGAUGUUCCCAUUGAAAUCUCGCAAAGUAGUCGGGCUCAACAAAUCGUGAAUAAGCAACAACAAGAACGAGAGGCGUAUGAAGAGGAGUAUUUGACUCGUUUGCCGGUUAAUAAAUCUGAGAAACACGCAAGGCGUAAAUUGAGUACGUUGGGCACUUUGGGUGAUGAAAUAACGGACUUUGGGGGCCCGGCAAAGAAACGACGAAAGAGUUCUUCCAGUAAUAAAAAGGGUAAGAGUAAGGGGAAGAAAAAUUUUAAACGAAAGAGGUUUCAUUGAUUUAUUUUUAUUACGUUGGGUUUUUUGAGAAUAUAAAAUGUGUAAAAAAAGUGAAAUAAAAAGAGGAAAAUCAAGAGCUUAAAACCCCAGUUGCCUAUGGUGACCUUAUAAUUUCUUUUAGUUUGAAAGUUUUAAAAAAUUAAUACAAAAAAAUUCAAAAUUGGCGUUUUUAUCGAAAUUAUCUUAAAAAAAAAAUUAUAGCUGCGGCUGUUUCGUGUAAAAUUAAUUGUAACAUGUAGUGGUUGGUUUUCGGUGUAAAUUAAUUUCUUUCGUGUAUUUAACUUUCGAAAUAAUGAUAUUCUCUUUGGAAAGUUUUUGGGACAAGUUUUGGAAAAAACAAUUUUUUAGUCACCUUUCUGUUGUUCUUUCCGUUUAUUUCAUUGAAUUCGCUUUCUUUUUUGAGUCUUUUGAGAAACAUAAAAAGAAAUGGUUGUUGAUGAACCAAAUUUUUUUAUGUUUUUAAAAUAAGAAUUAAAAAAAAAAUAAAUGUGGUUCAUUAUUAUCUGUGAGAAGUAUUCGUCUAAUAGACUGAAGAUAUUUUUACAAUAUAAUAUUACUGUUAUAUCGAAUCUUAAAAAAAAAAAAAUAAUAAGAAUAAACUUCAUUUUACGAAUAUUUUUAGAUCGUAAGAAAUGGACUUUUAGAACGCACAUUUCUACGAGUUAAUGAUGAUCGAUAGUUUUUACGAAAUAUUUUUUCGUAAGCUUUUUAAUUUGGUCUAAAUUUUAAAAAUACAAUACUACUGAAUAACAAAACUAAAAUUAACACUAGAACUAGAAAGUUGUUAGUUUAAUCAACAACUAAAGGCGAAUCAUAGUAAAAAUCAUGAUAUUACUUGAUAUUAUUACUAUGAUGUCAUGAUAUUAUUUUAAUACAACCUCUUCUUUCUAAAAUUUAGACUAAAAUAAAAAGACCAUUUUUUAUUAAUUUAAUUGUUUAAUAUUUUUCCUUUGACAUCGUUAUCUCGUUCGUCUAAACGGUGUUAUUUAAAAAAUUGUUUAUAGUUGGUCGAACGGGUUUCGUGUCGGUUUGUUAACCACAACUUAUUCGUUUAUUGUUCCCCUAUUAUUAUUAUUAAUCUAUUAUUAUUGAUCGUUUUUUUUUUAAACAAGUUUUAACCCAAUUUUUUAUUAGAAAAGCUUUCACAUUACAAAUGAAUAAAUACAGAGCAGUACAAAACCAUUAAAUGAUUUUUAUUUUUUGAUAUAGCAAUAAAAGUUUUUUCUCACAACAUUUCCGCGAGUACCGUUGGUUUAUUUACGAGUUUAUGGGAGUUAUUUUUUACACGACAAUCUAAAUAAAUUGUAAAACGGUAUUUGGGGAGGUGUUAUUUUGCUUUUUUUGCUAACAAUACAAUAAAAGU